AUGCCUUCGAUAGCUCAGUUGGUAGAGCGGUGGACUGUAGGGGAAUGCGCUUUGCGGACAUCCAUAGGUCGCUGUUUCGGUAUGACGCGUCGCAAGAGGAAAACGGCGAGAAAAACGGUUUCGCGCUCGAAGCCGAACGGUUCCAAGCUCGCGACGGCGGAAAAAAUUCGCCUGAAGUGCAGACGCAGGGAGGAAUUCCACGAUACGUUUUUGAGCUACGCGAAAAUUGCGGAGUUUUUGGACAAAACGAAGAAGGAAAACCCGGGCCGGGUCCAGGUCGUGCAAAUAGGACGUUCUGGGAAAGGGAAAUCGAUCUUGAUGGUGACGGUUACCGCCGCCGCCGCGGACCACGCCAAAAUGGCGGUCGUGGUGACGGCGGGAUUAAGCGGUAGCGACUACAUGGCCGUCUCGAACGCCCUCUAUCUCGUCUACCACUUGGCAAAGAACCCGAACUCGUGCCGCCUGCUAAACUACCACGUCAUACCGUGCUCGAACCCGGACGCCUACGACGCGGCCCUGCGGCCGGAAAACCGUCCCGAUCCGUCGCAUCCGGUCGACCUGACUCGCAAUUAUCCGGUCCUCCUCGGCCUCGGCGACCUCCGUUCUGUUCCCACCGGCACUUUCCUCGGUAAAUGUUCAAAAUGGCGCGCGAUUCGGUCAUUCGUAAGCGGCCGCGUUGCAGACAAAAUUAAAUCGUGGAAGGAAAAUUUCCGGCCGGGAUGUCCCGAGAGUAGGGCGGUGUUGGCUGUCUUGUACGCGUACAAGUUCGCUGUCAAGCUGUUCGUAUCGCUCGAAGGGGGCGGGCAGAGGGUGUGUUACCCCCCGGGUGACUCGCCCGGGGCGGCGGUGAACGAUCUGGCGGCGGUCGCGAGGAAAGGCACCAUGGCGGUGAAAAGGAGAUGCUUCGAACACGGUUCCGUGUACGAAAUGCUCGGUUUGACGUACGGCACUGCGGUGGAUUUCCUGCGGGUCGACGCGCCGUCCCUGAAGUUCUGCUACAUAGUGCAGGUGGCCGAGAGGCGGGGUGCCGUCCAAGAUUCGAAAAUGAUCGUGUCGUACGGUGAAGACAUGGUGGAAUGCGUCGCGGCUAUGGCUAGGGCGGUGCACAAGUUCUACGCGAAGCCAGUGGCGGCCGGGAAGAAAAUCGAGACUAGAGUGAAAAAUAUUUUUCGAAAAUAA